UAAAAUGAUCACAUAUUUGUUCAAAUAUAAAUGAUUAUGUUUUUGUCAAUCCAAAAAUUCUGCAAACAAUCCGUCGAUAUACAUGGCUAUGCAUUUGAACCAAUCCACAAUGGCAUGCUCUAAAAGUUUAAAACCGACAUUCCCUGCAGGUUUUUCUCUUUGGCGCGAACAGCCAACGAUCAUCCCUUUGCUCCGCUGGUUGUCUCUUUUAAUUUCCACUUCUCCAUCUCUGCAUUCUCGGAAGAGUUUCAAUGGAAUUAUUAGCAACCGAAGAUUUCAAGUGUCAGAAGCCAUUUCAACUUUCUGUUUGCCAUCCUGUUGUCAUGUUUUGAUUUAGCUUUUUCGAUAUUUCAUACAGUUUCAGGAAUGCAAUCCAUAUGAUGUUUUAAUGUGUCCACAUGUCAACUAAAGGAAAUAUGAUAUGUUAUCCUGUAUGGGCUGAUUCUGUGAUCAACCUUUUAUUCAUGCUCAAUGUAGUUGGGUUUCCACAAUGUUCAAGUCACAGUAUAUUGGAGGGCGGAAGGAGAAGUUUGUAAGGUGUGUUAUAAAAUUAAAUCAUGUUAAGUUCCUCAGAGUACAUGUAGGUGGUCCGCGGGCUUCUGUAACAAAUGAAACCAUUACAGCGCUUCUGGUUUAAUUGGAAGAAGUGUCGUAUAUCCCUUUUGGGAAAGACUGGAUGACAUUGACUCUAGAACAUCAUCAUUCACAUCCAAUAUGGCUGCUGGGAAGAAGAAUUGUGGUUUUAGUUUUGACGGAAUGACUUCUGGUGGACAAUCUCACAACCCUUCUUCAAUGUCAGUUAGACAAGGGGUUAUGAGAGGGUCUGAGGGACUAAUGACGUUUGGCAGAUCAAUAAAAUCUGGAGUUGUACGAGCAGUGUUCCCAGAAGAUCUCGGAGUCUCUGAGAAAAGGAUAUUUGAUCCUCAGGAUGAGACUCUCAUACUUUUGAAUAGGCUAUUUGUUAUUUCGUGUAUUUUUUCUGUAUCAGCUGAUCCUCUAUUCCUCUAUCUUCCUGUUUUCAACAGUGAAGCCAGCUGUCUUCAUUUAGAUACAAGUUUGGCAUACACGAUAACUACCUUGAGGACGAUCAUUGAUUCCUUUUAUCUCAUUCGAGUGGUACUCCAAUUCCGCACGGCCUACAUUGCUCCUUCAUCUCGGGUUUUCGGACGAGGUGAACUUGUGAUUGAUCCCAAGCAGAUAGCACACAGAUAUCUACGUCGUUAUUUUGUGGUAGAUCUUCUUUCUAUUCUCCCCCUGCCUCAGUCUUUCCAUCUGCAGAUUGUGGUUUGGAGAUUCCUUCAUGGAUCAAAAGGCUCAGAUGUAUUAGGUACAAAGAGAGCUUUAGUUUUCAUCGUCAUUUUUCAACAGAUUCCUAGGUUUUUGCGGUUUGUUCCUCUAAAUUCAGACUUAAAGAAGACUUCUGGAGUCUUUGCUGAAACAGCGUGGCUUGGUGCUGCAUAUUAUAUGUUGUGGUUUAUGCUAGCUAGUCAUAUAUUUGGAGCCUAUUGGUACCUAUUAGCUGUGGAACGUAAAAAUGCAUGCUGGGAAAAGGCAUGUUGGGAGGAUGCAAAUUGUGUUGCAAAUUACUCUUUACUGUACUGUGCUCAAGAUGGAGAGAGCAGGGCAAAUAUAACAAAUUGGAGAGAUAUUAGUCAACAAGUUCUCAACACAAAGUGUGCUGCUGAUGAGAACUCCACGUUUAAAUAUGGUAUCUAUGCGCAAGCUGUCUCAUCUGGUAUUCUUGACUCUGAAGAUUUCAUCUCCAAAUACUGUUAUUGCUUGUGGUGGGGCCUGCAAAACCUGAGUACUCUUGGCCAGGGUCUUGAAACAAGUACCUAUCCUCUGGAGGUUCUCUUUUCGAUAACAUUGGGAAUUCUUGGGCUCCUACUCUUUGCUCUUCUCAUUGGAAACAUGCAGACAUAUCUUCAAUCUAUAACGGUUAGGCUUGAAGAGAUGAGGAUAAAAAGACGUGAUUCAGAGCAGUGGAUGCAUCAUAGGGUGUUACCAUCAGAUCUCAGGGAAAGAGUAAGAUCUUAUGAUCAGUACAGAUGGUUGGAAACAAGAGGAGUAGAUGAGGAGAGUUUGGUGCAGAACCUGCCAGCAGACCUCAGAAGGGAUAUCAAGCGCCAUCUGUGUUUGAAUUUGGUUAGGAGGGUCCCUCUUUUUGCUAACAUGGACGAGAGACUGCUUGACGCCUUAUGUGAGCGACUCAAACCGUGCUUGUUCACGGAGAAGACAUACAUCGUACGAGAGGGUGAUCCGGUGGAUGAGAUGCUUUUUAUCAUCCGCGGUCGGUUGGAGAGCGUGACGACGGAUGGCGGGAGAAGCGGUUUCUUCAACCGUGGGAUCCUAAAAGAGAGCGAGUUCUGCGGGGAGGAGCUGCUGACUUGGGCCCUGGAUCCGAAAGCGGGUGCCAACCUGCCCCCGUCAACUCGCACCGUCACGGCAUUGACAGAGGUGGAGGCGUUUGCAUUGAGCGCAGAUGAAGUCAAGUUCAUAUCAUCCCAGUUCAGGCGCAUCCAUAGCCGGCAGGUGCAACACACUUUCCGCUUCUACUCUCAGCAGUGGAGGACAUGGGCUGCAAUGUUCAUCCAGGCCGCAUGGCGGCGUCACGUCCGCAGGAAAAACACUGAUUUGCGCCAGAGCGAGUCCGACAACAACUAUGAUGAUGAUGAUGAUGAUGAUGAUGAUGAGACUUGUCUUAUUUCAUCCGUCCCUAAUAGCAGCAUGGGUGCAACCAUGUUUGCGUCUCGUUUUGCUGCCAAUGCGUUGUAUAAGGUGCGAAAAUCUAAAUCUAAUAACACCAUCAUCAACCCACAGAAGCCCCCUGAGCCUGACUUUGAAACUGAUGUGUAAUUUAUUCAAGGAAAGUUAACAAUGAACAAUAAUUUUUGUAUGUAGUAUAGUAGUAGGUAUUACAAAACGAUCAUAUAAGACUGACUACCUUAAGUUCGUGGACAGAUCUAGAAAUUUUCUUAUACUUCUAUAGUUACGUUGAUCAGUUGAUGGUGAAAGUAACUCCCAGUUGUCACCUAAUUGUCAUAAAACAAAGUUGGGGGUGCAAAUACAAAUUUUUAUUACCU